AUGGCGCCUUGGGCGAAAUCUAAGUCGUCGCCGCCCUCCGACGGCCAGCCCGGCAGGAGGGAUGAGCGUACGCCUCUUCUCCAAGUCGACGAACCUUCGACCCCUCUCCCCAUCACCCCGCAGGACGAAAACGCCAUUCCGCCCAAUGAGUUCGACUUCCUCCUCUCGCGGUCGGUCCCCACCUCGGGCCCCUUCCUGGAGCCAGAAUCGACCGUGAAUCCCCUGCUGCGCGGCCCCCGGCGCUACAGCACCGCCUCCAAGAACCGCCGGCCCUCGCUCGCCAGCCGCUCCGACCACGAGGCCGGCGCCAUUGACGACCAAGACUCGGACGCCGUCUCUGUGAGCAGCACCGCGUCGACGCCCUACCUCAAUGGCAUUUCCCGCUCGCGCUUCUGGUUCAUCUUCGCCGAGAUCCUGCUGACCUUUUUCAUCGCCUGCUUCGACGGCACCAUUAUGGCCUCCUCCCACCCGGUCAUCACCUCCUACUUCCACGCCUCCAACAGCGCCUCGUGGCUGUCCACGGCCUUCAUGCUCACGUCGACGGCGUUUCAGCCGCUGCUGGGUCGGCUGUCCGACAGCAUCGGGCGCAAGCCGCCGUACGUGGCGACCAUGGUCAUCUUUGCGUUCGCGACCUUGUGGUGCGCGCUCGCGCAGAGCAUGACGAGCUUCAUUCUGGCGAGGGCCUUGUGCGGGCUUGGCGCGGGCGGAAUGAUGACCCUGGGAAGUAUCAUCCUUAGCGAUCUGGUCCCGAUCGAGUGA